AUGAACGCGGAUGAAAGUAAAGCGAAUAUUUUGGAAACAGCAAGUUGGAUCAUUCAAACGUAUCAAUACACAGAUACGGAUGUGACGGAUGGGGAGCCAGGGAAUCUAAUCGCGAUGGAUGAAGUCUUAAUCCCGACUUACACCAUGAAUGAGUACGUUAAGGCUCCUACCACUGUCAAGCAUCCCCUCAGCACCCGAGUCUUAGUCCUUGGCUCUUCUUUUUCUACGUGUGAAAAAGAACAAGGAGCCAGAGUAGACUCGCCGAGGGAUGAUCAUGCGAACGCGGUAGCUCUAAGAACAUGGAACGAUGGGCAGUGACAAACUACUGGGGGAAAGUGAAGGGAGG